GAGUUACUUUAAUUUUUACACUUGGAGUUGAAAACAUCAAACUGAUCCAUGACUACAUCAAGAAUUAAAGUCAUCAGAGGACCUAACUGGAAAUGGGGAAAUCAAGAUGGAGGCAAAGGCACUAUUGGGACCGUCCUGGAAGAGUUUUCCGAUACACAAAAUGUGGUAGUAGUUAAAUGGGACAAUGGAAUCUGCUCAAACUACAGAGCCGGAUAUGAUAAAAUGUACGACCUAAGGAUCAUCGACAAUUCACAGAUAACCACACUAAAACAGGAUGUACCUUGCAAUUGCUGCAAUACUGAUAAUAUUAUUGGAAUGAAGUAUCAAUGCAACUCAUGCGAAUUAUACAAUCUUUGCUUCACUUGUUACCACACCGAAAAGCAUAACAUAGAUCAUCCUUUCAUUUUGUUUACAACUAAGACAUCCAGUGGCGUCAUUUUGAGUUCGAGAAUAUCCUCAAAACAGAUUAUUCACCGAUCCGGGUCAAAAUAUUACUACAGACAUCUUCCUGUCUUAGGCAAACAUUAUAAACAAAUAUUAAAGACUACUCCUUCAAUAAUGUGGAAUGUAGAGGAUGUAACCGUAUGCGUAGGUUGCGAUAAACCAUCAUCAGAAAACAUUAUAUUUAAACCAUGCAAUCACAAAGUGGCGUGUACAGAUUGUUCGGAAAUGUUUGAGAAUUGUAUGAUCUGUCGCGCAUCCAUAAAGAAACGAGUGACACCAAAUGAUAUUGUCCUUCCUAACAUCAAUGAGAACAGAUUACAGAAACUAGAAAAUAUGUUGUAUCAAAUUGAAGAUAAUUUCUAUUGUCGUAUUUGCACCGCAAAUAUAGCAAAUGUUUUGUUCAACUGUGGUCACUGUUCGUGCACCAACUGUUCCGAAAGACUUGAAGUUUGUCAUAUGUGCAGAAAAUUAAUUACUAAGAAAAUGAAAAGCCUAUAAACAAUAUUGACCAAUAUUAUUUAUUUUAUAAUAAAUAU